AUGUCUGCGAAGAAUGUUGGAGGUUCAAAUGGCAAGAAGCCAGCUUCGGCUGCCACGAAUUUGAUCGCUGGAGGAGCAGCAGGUAUGAUGGAAGCACUUGCAUGCCACCCACUUGAUACCAUCAAAGUACGAAUGCAGCUCUCCCGGCGAGCACGAGCACCAGGAGCAAAGAAGCGAGGCUUCAUCAAAACCGGAGCGGAAAUCGUCAAGAAAGAAACACCCCUGGCUUUGUACAAGGGAUUGGGUGCUGUGGUUACGGGGAUUGUUCCUAAGAUGGCAAUUCGGUUUACGAGUUUUGAGGCCUACAAGAAGAUGCUUGCGAAUAAGGAGACUGGAGAGGUGAGUGGGCAGGCCACAUUUUUGGCUGGUCUAGGAGCAGGCGUCACCGAAGCCGUCGCCGUCGUAACUCCCAUGGAAGUCAUCAAAAUUCGCCUACAAGCCCAACACCACAGCAUGGCCGACCCGCUCGACAUCCCAAAAUACCGAAACGCUGCCCACGCCCUCUACACCGUAUUAAAAGAAGAAGGGCCCGGGGCUCUGUAUCGAGGAGUUUCUUUGACUGCGUUACGGCAGGGUUCUAACCAGGCAGUAAACUUCACCGCAUAUACCGAAUUCAAAGAGCUGCUCCAGAAAUGGCAACCUCAAUACGCCGACUCCCCAAUCCCCUCUUAUCAAACAACGCUCAUCGGUCUCGUAUCCGGAGCCAUGGGCCCACUCUCCAAUGCGCCAAUCGAUACGAUCAAGACGAGGUUACAGAAACAGCCUGCGCAGUAUGGUGAGACGGCGUUGAGUAGAAUAACGGCCAUUGCGCGAGAUAUGUUCAGACAAGAAGGAUUUCACGCGUUUUAUAAGGGUAUCACGCCCCGUAUUAUGCGUGUUGCUCCCGGUCAAGCGGUCACGUUCACAGUGUAUGAAUUUUUGAAAGAGAAGUUGGAGAAUAGUACGAUGCCGAUUGUGGGUGGGAAGUAUGAGGAAUGA